CAGUAACGAAAAAGAAACCCAGAAGAAAAAAAAAAAUAUCUCUCUUGAAAAUUCUCCUUUUGCAAAAAUCAUUCAGUGAAGCAGAAUCAUCUUCUUCUCCAGCUUCAUCAAUCUCUUUGUUACUGAAAAAAUUGUUUUGAUCGGAAGGAUCUGAUUUAGUUUCUAUGUCUUCGAUGUCGCUGUCGAAUCAGAUUCCCGUUUACUCUCGGUGACCUCUGCAUCUUCUUCCACUUUUUUUCCAGUUUUCUGAUAACUUUUCUCAGAUGAGAAGUUCCAAGUUACUUCUUCUCAAGUUCUUCUUCGUCUUCUUCAUUUUGACUUCGAUUGAGUUUCAAGUGGAUGGAGCAUUUGUUGGAACUUAUGGGAUAAAUUAUGGAAGGAUUGCGGAUAACAUACCAUCUCCGGAUAAAGUAGUUUUACUUCUAAAGCAAGCUAAAAUUCGAAAUGUGCGUAUAUACGAUGCGGAUCACACUGUUCUUGAAGCUUUUAGUGGAACUGGUUUAGACCUUGUGGUUGGACUUCCAAAUGGGUUUUUAAAAGAGAUGAGUUCGAAUGCUGAUCAUGCUUUCUCUUGGGUUAAAGAAAAUGUUCAGUCUUUCUUACCCAAGACUCGGAUUCGUGGUAUCGCGAUUGGGAAUGAAGUUCUUGGAGGCGGUGAUUCUGAGCUCGCGGGAGCUUUACUUGGUGCAGCUAAAAAUGUGUACAAUGCGUUGAAGAAAAUGAAUCUGGAGGACACGGUGCAGAUCACCACGGCUCAUUCGCAGGCUGUGUUUUCUGAUUCCUACCCGCCAUCGUCUUGUGUUUUUAAGGAGAAUGUUGUUCAGUUCAUGAAGCCACUGUUGGAGUUUUUUCAGCAGAUUGGCUCUCCUUUCUGUUUGAAUGCGUACCCUUUUUUGGCGUAUACUUAUAAUCCGAAGGAGAUUGAUAUCAACUAUGCUCUUUUCAAGCCAACGGAAGGCAUAUAUGACCCGAAAACUGAUCUACAUUAUGAUAACAUGCUUGAUGCUCAGAUCGAUGCUGCCUACAUGGCGCUGCAAGAUGCUGGGUUCAAGACGAUGGAGGUUAUGAUCACUGAAACUGGGUGGGCUUCUAAAGGGGAUUCAGAUGAACCUGCAGCAACACCGGAGAAUGCAAGAACCUAUAACUAUAACCUCAGGAAGAGGCUUGCAAAGAAGAAAGGGACACCUCUUAGACCAAAAACGGUGCUCAAAGCCUAUAUCUUUGCAUUGUUCAAUGAAAACUCAAAACCGGGCAAGAGUUCUGAGACACACUUUGGACUUUUUAAACCUGAUGGAACCAUAUCAUAUGACAUUGGAUUCAAUAGUCUGAAGUCUGAUGCUCCCAAGUCACUCAUUUCAUCAUCAAAGGCAGCUUGUUACUAUGUGAUCAUCUCUGUCUCAGUUUUCCUCUUGAUGAUAUAAAUGCGGAAAUGGUGUGAGCUUUGACGAUAGGAUCCUCGGAUUUGGUCAUACAUUCGUAGCAAUAUAAUAUAUUAAUAUUAGGGUUGAGAGGCUAACGAAAUGGUAGGGGCACAAAUUUACUGCAAUUCUCAUACAUGUAGCCAAGAGAUAUCCACUAAAGAUAUCACCAGACAUUCUCAUAUAUACACAUCUUAUGUAAAACAAAUCUAAUACAUAAAUUUGGGUCUCUGCUUAGAUUUUUUUGAA